UGUGACACAGUUAGGGAGCCAGGUUGGAUACUAGCUCACAUGCAGGCCACCUGCAGUUUGAUCAAGUCUGAUACAAGAUGAAGAAAUUUCUGCAGAACAAGAAAGGCAGAUACUCUUUCAGGAACCAGAACAAGCCCGCUGUUCCUCGCUAUCCAUCUAAGGAUGACUUCAUUGCGAUGCCGAUGUCCAAUCAGUGCUGGCCAGAGGAGUUUGGCUUCCAGCUGGGAGGAAGUGGUCCUAGCUACAUCCUGUCUGUGGAGGAGGGGAGCAGUGCCUACCUGGCGGGGCUGCAGCCAGGUGACCAGGUGCUGGAGAUCGAGGGCCAGAAUGUGUCCACUUUGGGAUUCCAGGCUGUCAUCGCCAUCGCUCAGACCCAGAGGAACAUCCCUCCCAGCAUCGGAGUUGUGUCUCGCAUCCAGCAGAUGGACAUCACCCCGGGUCCUGACGGUCGUUUUGGCUUCACCAUUGUGGGAGACUGCCCCCUCCUGGUGGAAGAUUGUUCCCCCUGCUCUCCGGCAGGACGAGGUGGCCUGCGGGCCGGCGACUACGUCAUGGAGGUCAACAGGAUCCCGGUGAGGCACCACGAGAUGGCGGCAGCGCUGAUCAAGGCGUCCCAGGGGCGUACGCUGAGACUAGGGGUGCUGUGUCUGGGGCCCAGACGGAAAAUACGCAGCAGUGAGAGUAUGGAUGAGAUACAGCUUGAGGGAGACGGGAUGAGGACGGACCGCAAACACAAGGCCCUGGAGUUCAACAGGAAGAUUGAACAGAUUUUGGGGGAGGAGCCUGAGGUGAAGGAGAAGCUGUUUGCGGUGCUGAAGCAGUAUGCUGCGGAGAAGAAGGUUGAUUGGCUGGCCUCUGUCCUCCCAGACAUCCUCACCACUGACGAGCAGCAGACGCUCAUCGGCCACAUCAGGAUCUUCAUCCCCAAGAAGCACCGGCAGCGGUUUGACGAGGCCGUUUCCCAGAGCCUGAUCCAGAGGAUCUGUCGCAGUAAGAGCAUCAGCGAGCCGGGCCCUCAGGGCCGUCUGAGACGUAGCCGCAGCGAGGACCACCCCGACCGCCACUACGGCUCCAAACGGGCCAGCUCAGUACCCCGGGACCCCGGGGAGGACAGAGGGGGAAAGGAGAGAGGAGAGAGGGGGUACAGGAAGUCUAUGUCGGGCAUACCUGUGCAUCAAUCAGGAGCCAAUCAGAGCCUCCAUGCUCCCCCUAGGACAGUAAGGGUUUACAGAGGGAAGAAGAGUUUUGGGUUCACCCUGAGGGGGCAUGCCCCUGUCUGUAUCGACUCUGUCAUCCCAGACAGCCCUGCUGAAGACUGUGGUCUCAAACCAGGCGACCGCAUCCUUUUCCUCAAUGGGCUGGACAUGAGGAACUGUUCCCAUGAGAAGGUGGUGUCCAUGCUGCAGGGCAGUGGUGCCAUGCCAACCCUGGUGGUGGAAAGCGGCCCUUCUGGUUACUCCCUCCCUGACCAGGGGGACCAGGAGGACACUUCCCCAAGCGUGGCCCCUUCAGUGGCCCCAAGGUCCCGGUCCCCGGUCCCCCUCAGCUCUCUACAGUGGGUGGCUGAGAUCCUCCCCCCCAGCAUCAGGGUCCAUGGACGCACCUUUAGCCAGCAGCUGGAUCACCUGCUCACCGUGCAGGAGAGAUACACCAUCUGCAAGGCCCUGGAGACCUUCUUCCAACACAGAGUACAGAAUCAAAGAGUCACCAAGACAAAUUCCCUAUCAACGUUACUGAAUAGCAAUAAACCUUUUCGAAAGAACGUGGACACCCUGAUUGUUGAUGUGUUCCCCGUGUUGGACACUCCAGCCAAGCAGGUGAUCUGGCAGUUCAUCUACCAGCUGCUGACCUACGAGGAGCAGGAACACUGUCAGAGCAAGAUCUCACGCUUCCUGGGCUUCAAGACCGCAGCAGAGCCUGAGCCAGAGCCAGGUGCAGGACAUGAGCACCACAGGAGGAGCAGCUCAGUGCGUGUGUCAGGUACCUCCUACAGAGGCACCGUACGGGAGAGGAGCUCUGACGACUGCAUCAUCGGAACACACCUGGGGAUGGGGAUUCAUGUGGAUGCACCAGGGAGUGGGACACCUGGAGAGAGACAGUGUGGAGACGGUACCUCCUUCCCAGAGUCCCCUGACCUGAAUCACAUGUCAGGAGUGUACACAGAGCUGGAAAGUGUGUACACGGGGAAGAAUGCCAUGCAACAGAGUCACAGUCGUUGCUCUCCACUGACCCUACCAGACUUUGAGGAGCUGGGACAGACUGACGCCUAUGGCCAGUCUCCUGCUCGCUCCUCCCUCAGUCAAGGUAGCACAGGGAACCGUAAAUCAGGAUUGUCUCUGACAUGGAAGGAGCCUCUGCCUGACCCUCUGUAUGAGUUCUAUCAUGAGGGAACCACCCCGUCUCCCGGCAGCGUUGACUCCAACCCUUACGUGAGCCUGGAGAGCCCCCCUCCGUCUCCCCAGCACUCUGAUGACCCCACCAGCCCCCUGUCCAGACGCAGGAAGCUCUUCACCUUCUCCAGACCCCCCCGGAGCAGGGACACGGACAAGUUCCUGGACGCUCUGAGCGAACAGCUGGGACACCGUGUCACUCUGGUUGAUAACUUCCUCCCUGGAGAGAACGAUUAUGAGGAGAUGAGUUUCCAGGAUGAGCAGGAAGUGAGCUACCUUCCCCACCAGCUGAGCAGUGCCAGCAGUGAGGACAUCAGCAGCAACGAUGACGCCACCUCCCUCACCUACUCCUCCGGGUCAGAACACAUCCCCAUUCCCCCGCCCCCCCAGAGCGCCCCACCGCCCCCGCCCUUCCCCACCCCCCUACCCCCGCCACCAUUCGGCUUCUCCGACCCCCUUCCCAUUACCUCGGUCCUCUCUCACUUUUCCCCCGAACACAUCCCCCGGGCGCGCAUGUCCUUCCAGCCACAGCACCCCAUCAUCCCCCCUCCCCCGCCCCCUCCACGGACCUUCACGUACAACAGGCCGACCCUACACAAGGUGCUGCCGACCAGGGAUGAACUACAGGCCCGUUUCCACCACCAAGCACCCCAGAUGACUCUCCCCCUGGCCCCUUGCUACUCUCCCCAGCCCUCUCGCCCCAGGAACCUGCCCCGCCAGGCCAGCCAGCCUCAGCCCCUGACCCAGCCCAUCCUGUGUCCCCAGCCCUCCCCUCAGCCCAACAGGCAAAGCCAGCUCGCCCUCCAGAGACACCACCAGCUUCACCACCAGCCCUACCAGCCCAGGCUGAGCCACCAGCCCUACCAGCCCCAGCUGAGCCACAGCCUGCCCCCCAGACCCCACACCUGCCCCAGCCCCAGACCCCAGAGUCACCCCCCCCAGGCCCCCCACCUACAGACCUACGAGACCCCUGUCUCAGUGUCAGAGCUCCAGAAACACAAGGUGCCCCCACCGCCCCCUCCACCACUGCCGCCCCCGUGCGACCCGCCUCCACUGCCCAAUUCCAGUCCCUGUGCUGGGGACACCAAUCACAUGAGUGUCAAGAGGCUACGCUGGGAGCAGGUAGAGAACUCUGAGGGGACCAUCUGGGGACAGCUUGGAGAGGACGCUGACUAUGACAAACUGAGUGACAUGGUGAAGUACCUCGAUCUAGAGCUGCACUUUGGUACCCAACAGAGUUCCAUCUCUCUUCCAGAGCCAGCCUUCCUGCCCGAGAGCUUCAAAAAGAAAGACGUGGUGGAGAUUCUGUCUUAUAAGAAGGCCUACAACGCCUCCAUCCUGAUCGCCCACCUGAAGCUGUCUCCAGGUGAGCUGCGUAAGGUGCUGAUGACAAUGACCACAGACAGGCUAGAGCCGGCCCACAUCAAGCAGCUGCUGCUCUACGCCCCCGAUGACCAGGAGGUCAAACAGUAUCAACGCUUCGACCAGGACUCCUCCAAACUCAGCGACCCUGACCAGUUUGUCCUGCAGAUGCUGAUGGUCCCUGAGUAUAAGACUCGUCUGCGGAGCCUCCAUUUUAAGACGACCCUGCAGGAGAAGACAGAGGAGAUGAAGGCUGGAUACGAAUGUAUCUACAAGGCUUCAGUGGAACUCAGGAGCAGCAAGAAACUGGCCAAGAUCCUCGAGUUUGUGCUGGCAAUGGGGAAUUACCUGAAUAAUGGUCAACCCAAGACGAACAAAACCACUGGCUUUAAGAUCAACUUUCUCACUGAGCUCAGCACCACUAAAACAGUGGAUGGUAAAUCCACCUUCCUCCACAUUCUUGCCAAAUCGCUAUGCCAACACUUCCCAGAACUGCUAAACUUUGCCAGGGACCUCACAACCGUACCACUCGCAGCCAAAGUGAAUCAGCGAAUCCUGACAGCUGAGCUGGGAGACCUCCACUCCACCAUCCAGGACAUCAGGACAGCGUGUCAGAUGAUCCCUGCCACGGCUGAGGACCACUUCGCUGCUGUCAUGAGUGGCUUCCUGGAGAACAGUCACCCAGCGGUUCAGUCUCUGGACUCUCUGCAGCUGAGAGCCAUGGAUGAGUUCACUAAGGUGGCCUCUUACUUCGGAGAGGACAGCAAAGCCACCUCCACUGAGGCCUUCUUUGCCAUUUUCGCUGAGUUUACUUCCAAGUUUGAGAAAGCACUGAAUGAGACCCAGGCUACAGAGAACCCCUGUAUCCCCAGAGUGGCCUCUCCCCUGGCCUGGUAGAGAUGAGAGACUGGAUAACCAAUCUGCUCUCAACCAAAGUGCCAAGACAACACAAAGAAACAGUCACAGCUACUGGGACACAAACAACAUGAUCUUCAACACUGCGGAAUGACCUAUGGCCAGGAGUUCUUCCUGAACAUGUCAUCUGACCAGAAAGAACUCUGAGCCCUAGGGCCCACAGUUGUCCCUGGUAAGGUCAAGUAGUACAAGAAAUUAGUAAUGAAGAUUAAUAUGUUUAGAUAAGAGUAUAUAUUUGAUAUUUGAUUAUAUGAAAUUGAAAUUAUAUUGAAAUUGUAAAGCAUAGAUGUAUAUGGAAAUUACAUUUUAGAUGGCUGAUAGUCAAACGUAUAUGAAUGUUAUCUAGAGCUGAGCACUAUUUUCACAGAUGGACUUGAUCUGAAAAGUGCACAACAACAGAAACUCAAAUUCCAUUCACACACACUCACUGCCUCUUAGAUUAUGUGAUGAUAGAAUGCAGUAUUAACCUACCAAGAAUCAUUACAUUGGCAUGACAAUAGUACUGUGAAUUAUUAUUUAAAAAAUUAGAAGCUUUCUGGUGUCAACGUACCUGCAGUCAUCCUGACGUACCUGCAGUCAUCCUAACGUACCUGCAGUCAUCCUGACGUUUGGCAUUUGAAAAGUUCCACUCGGCAGGGGAAACAAAAAACAAUGCCAGACUCCUGCGGGUUUGAAGUGUUUUAUAGUAUGAUGAACCACAUGAAAUAAGAGGGUUAACCCACCGGGGCUAGUAUAUGGAUAGCUGAUAACAGAAAGACAUCAAUUCAUUUUAGCAUUGAGUGGUCUUGGCAGCUCUUACUGUCACUGUGGUUGUUAUUGAUGAACCGUCCAUCUCUGCCAUAAAUUCACCUGAAUUUGUAUCUUGUUUUAGAACAAAUGUUCACUUUUUUUCUGAUGUUAAUUUAAAGCUGUUUUGAUGGUAUUUCUUUAAUACUGAACGUGUUUCUACUUUCCCUCCAUAAUUCCUUUUUACAUUGGAAUUUCAGUCAGAGCUGCCAUCAUGAAAAUACAGAUGUAUUUAUUUACAGACCUGUCGUACCAGGCAAUUUAUCAUGUUCAAAAAGACACUGCAACACAUUUAAAUAUUGCCACUAGUGCAGUACAGUGUUGACAACUGGCCGAAGCAUUUGCAUGUUUGUAUAGGUGUUGUUUUGUGUUAUAUCUGGAUUCGUUUACUUUUAUUAUAUUCUGACAAAUUGGGUCUGAAAUGUAGGCCUAUUAUAACAUUUGGUCGAUUUAAGUUUAUUGUUAAUUUAUUGAAAUGUUCAUUUUGUAAAAGUGUGUUUUAUAUGUUUUCAUUGAUAUUAUUGGAGUACUUUGUAUAGUUAAAAAAAUAUUGACUUUUUAUGUUGGCCAUGUUGUUGCUUCUGGAUCGGUUGUAUUUGGAUCUGUAAAAAAAAAACAUGAAUGCUUGACAAAUAAAUCUGCCUGAUACCCUCGAG